CUCCUUCAUCUCCCAAGUAACUUCCAUGGCCGCCAUGGCUGCAAACUUCAAGAUUUCUCUGCACUGUCGCUCCAAGAGUGAACCGUCUGCCCCUCACCCUCUUGUACUACAGCUUGUGGAGAAUUUGCAAAGAUUCAAGUCUUCUGAAGCAAGCUCUUCUUCAUCAUCAUCUUCAUCAAUAAUAUGCCAAAAUCUUAUUGGCUUGCAGGACUUGCAUGACUGCAUUAAUCAGGUGCUUCAAUGGCCAAAAACUCAGCAAGGCUUAGCUCGAGGAUGCUGCGAAACAUUGGUUGAGGAACUGCUAUCCGUAAGACUCUUAGAUUUCUCUGAUGCUGCCAAAGAAGCACUCAUAGAAUCAAAGGAAACCAUAAAAGAUCUCCAAUCAGCUAUUCGCCGGAGGAGAGGUGGCCAAGUAGUGGUUCCCAUGAGGAAAUUCUUGUCAUGGAGGAAGAAGGUGAAGAAGGCGAUUCGAAAGACCUUAGAAAAUUUGAAGGGAUAUAGGAAGGACACCAGUUUAACCUGUUCAUACAAAGAAUGUGAUGAGUCUGUGCCUAUGAUCAGAAUCUUAAAAGAAACAGAACUCAUCACUUUGACCCAUCUUCAAUCUUUGUUAUCUUUUUUCUGUACCUCAAUUGGACAGUCCAAGCAUAGUAAAUGGUCAUUAGUAUUCAAGUUAAUGCAGCCGAAAAGGGUAGCUUGUGACUAUGAAAGAGCAAAUACAAGUGAAUUUGAAAACUUGGAUACAAUGCUUGAGUCUCUUCUCUGUCACAAGCAUUGCAGUGUUGUGUCUACUGAGAGUUUUCAAAGUCAUUUGGAAAAUUUGGAAUUGAGUUUGCGGGAUCUGGAGGAAGAAUUCGAGAAUCUUCAAAAGGGUCUGAUCAGAAUUAGAGUUUCUCUUCUCAACAUCUUCAACCACUGAGUUCAUUUCUGAAAUGAAUGUAAUUGUCAUGUAAUUUUGAAUAAAUGUGAUUGUAUUGAUUUGUUAUUUAAUUUAUGUGAUCAGAGAUUCAAAUGUUGUAUA